CGUGGCCUAUUAUUGCUACUCUGUAGAAUCUCAAUUCCGACUCCACUUUGCUGUAGCCAAACGUAUAGCACAGUCGCACACGUAGCGGAUGUUAUUGUCGUCGUCUGACACUUGAAAACAUCGGCUGAUCAAACUAAAAACAAAAGGGUAUCUUGACAAACGAAUCAAUGAUAUCAUGCUAAAUGAAUGUUAGUCAUGCAUAGUAGAACCUCAAAUUUGCCAUACGACACCAACGGAUCACGAGGAAAUAACACUGUCAAGUUAUUGUUUUAAAUUAACUUGUUGUGAUCCGUAGGGUUUACCUGGUUGCGAACAAGCUACGUCGCUCAUUUUAAAACGUUAAGAAAAAUCAGGGUAACUAAAUCUUCACCGUAUCGAGCCCUAGAUGCCGACGUCAGCCAUUUUAUCCACAGACAGGGCAUAUUCGAGCAUAAUAAGGAAAUCUGAAUGUGUAAUUAGUUAACAUCCGUUAACCAAGUAAGACAGCAAGAAGCACCAAGAAAAAUCAUUAUGCGUUAGAUUAUUGUUGUUAUCUCUAGCAAUUAAGUCUGCAGGGUGGUUGGAAUACUUCUAUUGCUUUGAUUUCAGUAGGGAAACUCGAAAACUGUGACGCUUUGUUUACUCAAUUACGUAUACAAAGUGAACAAGGGGAUUUCCCCUCUAGUCUGUGGUUCGGUCGUGAUGUAAACCGUUUUGAGUUUACUAGUUUUUGAGAAUAGAGAACAACGAUUCACGUUAUUGAAUGGAAACAAAAAUACAUCGAUACUGACUCUAUCCUUUAAUGCAUAAUCCUUAAACUUGGCUUCAUGCAUUGUCGUAUCAUGGUACACGAGUUUUCUGACAUUUCGACACGGUCAAGGAAACGGUUGCUAUUUCCCGGAUGAAAACAACAACAAAGAAGCAGAAACCGAAACAGUUAUGCUCUCUUACGGAGAGAGCCGCUGCUCACUAGUUCAACUGUUUUAAGGGUUCAUUUGGUUCUCGCCGAGAUUGAAUCGUAGAAAUAAAACCGCAAAUGAAUUUUAAACAUUUUUAAAACCUAGAAACUGCACACGUGGGUUGGCGCAAAAACCACCACGUGCCACUACAUGUCACCUGAUCACUGAUAUGAUGUAUAACGUCCUUAUUUGGUCAUGGUGGGGUGAUGUAUUCAUUUGAACGCGUCAUUCAGAACUGACUCAUACUGCAAAGUAAUUCUCAUAAACUGCCGGUCUGUAAGCGUUUCGCUGUUUCUUUAACGCAAUUUAUGGGUCAGAAUAACCUUGUCAUUUUCUUGCUGCUAAUCACUCCCUUAGAGGGCUUUCUCAGUUCAGGAAUCGGUAAUGGCAACAUCUCUUCGCCAGCGACAAUCCGCAAAAAGGUAACUCUGGCCUGUCCCGCGUUACAAGAAGUGGUUAGGAACGACGGGACAUUCUACAUCGCCUAUUGGUCAGUUUGUACAUCAAAAAGAUGUGACCAGCAAGACACUACAUGGGAUUGGAUUGCUGGUAUGAACAAUAAAGGAAUCACCAAGGUUGGACGAGAAAGAGUCAACAUCACGAGUGAUGGAGCUCUGGAAAUUCACAAAGUGAACCUGAGUGAUACUGGGCAAUAUAUGUGCACUGUCAAAAGAAUCAACCACUCAUCGCCUGCAGUACAUCAUACAACUCUUGUUGUCACUGAAGAAGCAACUAAUCAGCAAGACAUCGAAGCCACAAAGAAGCCGGAUAAAAAGGACUGCAAACAAGAUUACUCAGAGAACAGUGAAAGUCACGUUGACACUAUGAUGGUAACGACCUCUGCACUCUCUGUGCUUUUGGUUCUUGCUGUUGGGUAUAUAGUUUACCUGAAGCGAAAUGAUAUCCGCUGUUGGAACCAGGGGAAUUCUUCAGUGCGAGAAAGUGUCUCCAAAGUGAAUGUAGCAGAGGUAGCAUAAAAUGGAAACACAAACAAUUACACAAACAAGACAAAAUAAAUACAAUAAACUAAUUGAUAAAUAAGUAAAA